AUGUUCGAAGACUGGUUGAGAAACAUGGAGAUGGUAAAUGCGAACCCAGCGUCAUCACCAGAAGCACAUGUGGUUCAGAUUGCUUCACCUCGUCACCUUUCAUAUCCUUCUCGUCGCAUGCUAGAAGAUAGAAGGGAAUACUUGCAGAAAUGUGUACCCCUUUAUAAGCUAGCACUGAGAGGUGACUGGAAUGAAGCCAAGCGCAUGAUAGAUGCAGACACCAGUCUAUUAAACGCCGCCAUAACAAAGGAAUGGGGUACACUACUUCAUGUUGUGGCAGGAACAAACCAUGUUCACUUUGUGAAUCACCUGGUUAAAUUACUUAACCCAGAUGACUUGGCACUGCAAAAUUUCAAUGGAAACACAGCGUUUUGCCAUACUGCUGCAUCUGGAAACAUGGAAAUUGCUGCUAUUAUGAUCAAGAAAAAUGAAGGCCUACCAAAAAUCAGGGGCGGAGAAGAAGCCACUCCUCUUUAUAUUGCUGUCUUGCAGGGAAAAGGUGAAAUGGCAAGGCAUCUCUACCCUCUCACUACCAGCAUUUUGGAAGAAGACGAUUGGACCAUGCUGUUCUUUCUCUGCAUAAAAACUGGAUUGUAUGAUAUUGCUUUGCAAAUUCUACAACAACACUCAAUGCUGGCAUUGGCGAGGGAUGAGAACUACGACACAGGCUUGCAUCUCUUGGCUCGAAAGACUAGUGAUUUUAGUGGGCGUGGACAAUGGUAUCAUCCAAACCAGAUCUUGAACUCUAGCAUGAAGGCAACUCCAUUCGUCCAACUUGUUGACUGUCUUUGGAGCAUGCUUCUCGAACAAUAUUACGAUGAAACAGCAUUGAGGACUUUCAUAAGUCAUCCAUCACAAAUAACAUUUGAUGCUACACAAGUUGGAAAUUUUGAAUUUUUAGCCACACUUAUGAGGUCCUACCCUGAUCUAUUAUGGGAAGUGGAUGAGAAAAACCGAAGCAUAAUUCACAUUGCUGUUCUUCACCGCCAUUCAACCAUCUAUAGUCUAAUAUACGAACUAGGUUCCAUCAAAGAUUUCAUAGCAACUUUUGAAGACGAUGAAGGAAACAGCAUAUUGCAUUAUGCUGCUAUGUUGACACCUCCAGAGAAACUCAGCUUAAUUUCCGGAGCAGCACUUCAAAUGACACAUGAAUUACUAUGGUUCCAGGAGGUGAAGAAAAUAAUGCUGCUAGUAAACAUAGAGAAGAAAAAUGCUGAAGGCAAAAGUGCUCGUGAAAUAUUUGCUGAGAAGCAUAAAGAACUACUGACAAAGGCAGAGUCAUGGACAAAGAGCACAGCUAUUAACUGCAUGCUUGUAUCUGCACUCAUAACCACAGGAGUUUUCACUGCUACAUUCAUGGUACCUGGUGGCAACAAUAAGAACUCAGGAUCUCCCAACUAUUUGCAGGAACAGGCAUUUCUCGUAUUUUCUUUAUCAGUUGCCUGUGCACUGAUAUCAGCAUCAGCCUCCAUAUUAAUGUUCUUGUCCAUCUUCAUUUCAAGUUAUGCAGAGGAUGAAUGUUUCAAGUCCCUCCCUUACAAGUUACUCUUUGGCAUGUGGAGCAGAAAAGGGUUGUGUGAAAACUUGGAAAUCAGUGAAAUGGCUAUGGAAGUUCGAAGCACGACAAAUCCAGAAGAACUACAGAUAGUCAUUCAUAAAUUUUCUUCAGCUGAAUGCAGAAGUCCUUCAUGUGAUCUAUUACAGAAUACAAAGGAUUAUGUCAAAAAAUGUGCUCCCAUUUACAACCUUGCAAUUAAAGGGGACUGGAAAGAAGCUAGAACCAUGUUAUUGGAAGAUAGCAGGUUGGCAACUGCAGCCAUCUCACAGGGAUGGGCCACACUGCUUCACGUAGCAGCAGAAGCAAAUCACUUGCACUUUGUAGAGGAGCUGGUGAAAGAACUGAGCCAGAAUGACUUGGAAAUACAAGACUUCAAAGGCAACACAGCUUUCUGUUUUGCUGCAGCAGUUGGAAAUGUCAAAAUUGCAGAAGCAAUGGCCCGAAGAAAUAGGAGUUUGCCAACUAUCAGAGGUGGACAGGGACUCACCCCACUUCACUUGGCUGCUUUACAGGGAAAAAGUGAAAUGGCAUGGUAUCUCUACCCUAGUACAGUUCACAAGUUCGAUGAUAAAGACUGGAAUUUUUUGUUCUUUCAUUGUAUCGACACUGGUAUUUAUGAUUUAGCUUUAAAGAUGUUGCAAGAUAAUCCGAUAUUAGCAGUGGCUCGGAAUGAGAACCAGGAAACAGGCUUGCAUGUUUUGGCACGAAAACCUUCAGCUUUUAGUUGUCAAGGUCGAAGGUAUCCAAACCAGCUUAUGAGCUCACGUAAGAAUCCAAGUUUGGCUCUCCAACUUGUAAGGUGCCUUUGGAAUACCCUUCUGUCUCUUGAUUGCACAGAGAUACAAAUGAAAAGUGUCAUAAACGAGCCAUCUCAAGUAAUAUUCAUUGCCGCAGAAGUUGGAAAUUUUGAGAUUUUAGCCGAGUUGGUCAGAUCUUACCCGGAUCUCACGUGGGAUGUUGAUGCCAAAAAUCGAAGCAUCAUUCACAUUGCUGUUUUGCAUCGCCAUGCAACCAUAUUUAAUCUUAUACAUGAAAUAAGAUCUAUCAGAAAUUUUUUGGUAACAUAUGAAGAUGCAGAUCAAAACAAUUUACUGCAUUGUGCUGCAAAAUUAGCACCACCAAGCCAACUUAACUUGGUGUCUGGAGCAGCUUUUCAGAUGAUGCACGAGUUACGGUGGUACGAGGAGGUGAAGAUGGUGAUGCCACCUAGUUUAAUAGAGAAGAGAAAUUCCAAUGGUAAAACUCCUCGUGAACUAUUCACUGAAGAGCAUACAGAGUUACUGACUAGAGCAGAAUGUUGGAUGAAGAGCAUGGUAAAUUCUUGCAUGUUAGUUUCAACACUUAUUGCUACAGAAGUGUUCACAGCAGCAUUCAGCCUUCCACGUGGUGAUGAUGAUAAAAAUGGAAACCCCAACUGCAAUGCUAUCAUCUUCAUAGUAUUUGCAAUCUCAGAUGCAACUGCACUCAUCUCAUCUUCAAUCUCAAUUCUCAUUUUCUUGUCCAUGCUUACCAUAGCACGUUAUGCAGAAGAUGACUUUUUCAAGUCACUGCCAAUGAAGCUGAUAUGUGGACUGGUAACACUGUUUAUCUCCAUAGCAAGUAUGAUGAUAGCAUUUAGCAGUGCCUUCUUCAUAACAUAUUACCAUGGCCUAAAAUGGGUGCCAAUCUUUAUUUCUGUAGUUGCACUUGCACCAAUAACCUUAUUCACAUUUCUUCUGUUUCCAUUAUGGUCAGACAUUGUCGACUCCGCCUAUUUCUCUAGGUUCAUAUUUCGGCCAAAGAAACAUGUGCUUUACUAG